AUGCUCAGCUCCCUGCUUUACUGGAUCAACUGCUUCGUCAUCGAAAGGUACGAGUCGUCGAGCGAUGGCCAAAAUCUUGUCGGGGGUAAAUCCAUUGUCGUGGGAGGAACGAGGGGUUGCGGCAUCUUGAAACGCAGACACCGCAAAAACAGCCCAAAGUUGAGCAUGAAGCGCGGACGUGAAGCCUGCUUCGAUGACGAGUCCAUUGGGAGGAUAUGUCAGGGCCGUGCUGGUGAUAAUGGCAGGCUCGACAAUUGGGAGCCAGCUGUGGGUGUAGGAAACAUAGAUGUCGACAAGUCGCUUCCAAUGAGGAGGCAGUGUCAGCUUGGUAGACGGCCGUGA